CUCCAAGUCGCUGACUCGCCUACAUGCCAAAUUCUACUUUAAAUCCGACUCCCCAGUCUUCGUAGUGCAGCUUAAUUUAUCUGAUGCGUGUGUGAGCAAGCUCUUUGUGAAGUUGUUUCUUUUGAUAGAUGGACUGCUUGAUUUCUGAAUUACUUACCAAUGAAAUUCAGGAAGGUUUGUGGAAAUGCUUAGGUAAGUAAAACUACGGGCUCACUCAGUUUUAGAUAUAGCCAUGGCCGCGAAUAACAACAAUCCACAAAAGAACAUUGGGGGUUCGUCCCCUUUUGGGAAUUCUAUGCCUGUGAAUCCAUCACUACAGCAGCAACUGGUGUCUGGAUUUCCCGGCCAGUUUCAGUUUUCAGAAGCUCAGGCUCAAGCGCUUGCCCAAGCCCAGGCUCAGUCGAAGGCACAAGCGCAAGCUCAUGCCCAUGCUCAGAUGAUGGCAGCUCAUGCACAACUACAGGCUCAGUUGCAAGCUGCUCAGGGGCUUUCUUUUAACCAGGGUCAUCCUGGAGGAAUGGCAAACUUGGGUUCGCAAUCUCCUUCUCUUUCAGGAGCUGGAAGCAUGGGAUUGGGAGCCAAACGCUUCCCACAAAAACCACCUGUUCGUCCACCAAGCUUUGUGACGUCUAAUGUGGCCUCUCCAAUGCGGCCAAUGGAUGCCUCGGCUGCUGCUCGUAGGAAAAAGCAGAAGCUCCCAGAGAAACAGUUACAUGAAAGAGUCGCAGCUAUUUUGCCUGAGUCAGCUCUCUACACUCAGCUCCUUGAGUUUGAGUCUCAAGUGGAUGCUUCCUUGACAAGGAAGAAAAUUGAUAUCCAAGAUGCCUUAAAGACUCCAACUUACCUUCAGAAAACUCUGCGUAUUUAUGUCUUCAACACUUUUUCCAAUCAAAUUCGCACCAUUCCUAAGAAACCAAAUUCCGAGCCACCUACAUGGACUCUUAAGAUUAUAGGGAGGAUUUUGGAGGAGGGAAUGGAUGCUGAUCAGGCAGCAAUCAUGCAGAAAUCUAACCCCUCGUAUCCGAAGUUCUCUGCAUUUUUCAAGAGAGUUACCAUCACCCUCGACCAGAAAAUAUACCCUGAUAACCAUUUAAUUAUAUGGGACAGUACUCGAGCUCCAGCUCCUCACGAAGGUUUUGAGGUCAGGAGGAAAGGAGAUCAAGAAUUUACUGCAAGCAUAAGAUUGGAAAUGAAUUAUAUGCCUGAGAAGUUUAAACUUUCAGCAGCUUUGACAGAGCUUUUAGGUAUUGAGGUUGAUACUCGUGCCAGAAUUAUGGCUGCGGUAUGGCAUUAUGUUAAGGCUCGAAAAUUGCAGUGCCCAGAUGACCCAUCUUCUUUCAACUGUGAUCCACCACUUCAAAGAGUAUUUGGGGAAGGCAAAGUCAAGUUCACGGCUGUUACACAAAAAAUUACGCCCCACCUGUUUCCCCCACAGCCCAUUCACCUAGAACAUAGGAUAAAACUUUCAGGUAAUAGUCCUGUAGGAACUGCAUGUUAUGAUGUAUUGGUAGAUGUACCCUUCCCGAUACAGAGAGAAUUGAAUGCUUUGUUGGCCAACACUGAAAAGACAAAAGAGAUAGAUGCCUGUGACGAAGCAAUUUGUGCUGCAAUAAGAAAGAUCCAUGAGCACCGGAGGAGAAGGGCAUUCUUUCUUGGAUUUAGUCAGUCGCCUGUAGAGUUUAUAAAUGCACUUGUAGAUUCUCAAAACAAGGAUCUGAAGCUUGUUUCUGGAGAAGGUAGUCGCAAUGCAGAAAAAGAGCGCAAUUCAGAUUUUUACAACCAGCCAUGGGUUGAAGAUGCCGUCAUUCGCUACCUCAACCGAAAGUUGCCAGGAGAUGCCUCUGGCAACACAUAGUUUAGCAGUAACGACACAGCUUACUAGUAAUACGAUGCAAUUGAAUAAUUGCUCAGGCUUUAUUGUUCGUUGAAUGUUGCAUAAGGAUAUCCAUGCGUCGAGGCAAUCAACAUGCCUCGAAACUGAAUGAAGCAAGCUGACUAAGCUAUCGAAAAAACUGGCGUUCCAUGUAUCUUGAUUUGCUGGUUUAGUUAGCUGUUCCACUUAGUAUUUAUACUUCCUGGAAAUGUGUAGUAGCAGUCUAGAUAGAAACCUUGAGGAUGUGAUUGAGCUCUCAAAUUAUUCACUCUUGUUGUUUCUUGGCAAAUUCAAUUUUGUGUUUGGAAUGUUAUUUUACACAUUUAGGGCACAUAUUUAUGUGAGUGUUGGUGAGCCAUCAUUUUAUUGAGCAUUUGUUUUAGUUUUGUUUUGCUGUA